AUGAUUCCUGCACUGCUGGUGACGGCGCACGCAGAAGAUGCAGUGGCCUUUGCCAGCGACCUCCUUACGAGCAACGUGGACGGCCUUCAGUGGGACGUGGUGUGCGCCACCUGCGGGCAUCCACGCGAGCGCUUCGCGAAGGUGCAGUUCAAGUCUGCCAUCGAAGUGCUGAAGGCGAGUGGAGCCCACAUCGCCACGAGGCAGUGGCCCUUUCCGAAGUGCCAGCAUGCUGGGUGCGAGCUGUUUGCAGCUGAGGGCGCAUCCCUGGCAGAACUCCUGGACGCUUUGCUCCGCGAGCAGAAUUGGCAUGCCGUCGUGACCCACAACUCUCAGGGCGAGCAUGAGGACGUGCAGCACCGUGCAGUGCACCAGCAUGUGCGGAGGGCCGUGGCGGCGCUGCCAGCAAGUCGCGAGGGAAUUCCACGCCUGUAUGUGUUCAAUCCGCUGCCUGAGCUGAACAUGACCUUGAGCGUCAGAAAGACACGUGCGUUUCAGCAAUUCUUCGCCGAUCACAGGCUUGACCACGCUCGCUACAUGCAGGCCUUGACGCUCACCGGUUUUACCGAGCAUGUGGUGCUGGCGGACACCUUCUUCCGGCCAAAAGAGCUGAGCCUGGCAAACUUCUGGACGUUGCACCAGUCCACUGCCGUGAACUUCAUGUACGUGCCAUGUAUACAUCGUAUGGGUGGCUGGCAUCAUCGCGGAGUGGUGGCAGAGGACUCUUCAGAGAGCUCCUGCACUGCGAAGGGCUUGCACGAAAAGGUCCACAGCAUGCUGGAGCAAGCGCUCCAGGAAUCCUGCGCACUCGGCGGCUUCGCUCUCUACCGCAGGCUUUGCAGAUUCAUCCCGCACUUCUUGGAGUCCCGACUCAGUCAGCAGCUUCAACAGAUGGAGGCGUCCUUCUUCCCGAGACAUUUUAUUCAACAAGCCCCUGGUCAGAUGCUGGCAAGCUUCAGAGGCUGCAGGAUCAGGGCGUCCAUGCAGCGCCGUGUCUCAAAGGAGGCAGCUCAAGGCCGGCACGUGCUGUAUCUCAGUGCGCUGGAGGCUUCGCAUGCGGCCAUCGUCCACGUCUUCAAGAACGCGGGCACAGCCAUUGCUGAGGCAACACAGCGCUUGGGGGGACGAGUCUACAGCACCAUCGUGGAGCCCCACCAUUGGAAUACGCAGCAGCACAUCCUGGAUUCCAAGACCUGGUUCCGUGCGGCGCUUGUCCGCGACCCUGUGGAGCGAAUGCUAUCAGCUUUCCACGAAGUUGAGAAGCGCAGGCUCUGGGAGGCGAACGCGACAGCACCUGAAGAGUUCAACAUCGGUGCUUCGCAGCAGUGGCUGGAACAACUGCACCAGACCCUGGAGUCUUGCCUGGCAGAGGAUGAGCCCUUGGACUACCACUACAUGCCACAGGCAAACUUCUUGGUCGAUGCCUUUGGCCGGAAGUAUGACCUCACCUACAUAGGUCGCGUUGAGCGCUUGGAAGAGGAGCUGAAGUUCAUCUUUCGCGUUCCUGAUCUUAAGACCAGCUACAGGUCUGGGCCGUAUGCAGAUGUCUCCGCCUUUCGCAUCGCUCAGAAGGACCUGCCGGACAGCACUUUGCGCUUGAUUUGCCAGAUGUAUGCCGUUGACUACUGCUGCUUCGGCUUCGAUCUUCCUGGAGCGUGUGAAGCCUUGGGCUCAUGCUAA